UAAUCGUCCAAGAGACAAUUCGCCCUAAGGCUAUUUUCCUAGCUUCCCUUCUCUUUAUCAUAAUAACUACAACCGCGCUUUUCUCCCUUGGUCCCUGAUCGGGACCUAAAAGCUACGGCCGAACAUGGAUUUCAACAGUCUAAAGGAUCAGGUAACCAACCUGACGCUAUACGAUCUCAAGGCGGGAGUUCGCAAGGUCCAGAAUGCUGUUAUGAACUAUACGGAGAUGGAAGCAAAGGUGCGAGAAGCUACCAAUAAUGAACCUUGGGGCGCCUCGUCAACCCUUAUGCAAGAAAUCGCCAACGGCACCUUUAAUUACCAAACCCUCAACGAAAUUAUGCCCAUGAUCUACCGUCGUUUCACCGAAAAGGCCGCCGAGGAAUGGAGGCAAAUAUACAAGGCGCUCCAGCUUCUCGAAUUCUUGAUCAAGCACGGCUCGGAACGGGUCAUUGACGAUGCGCGCAAUCAUAUAACGCUCCUAAAAAUGCUACGACAAUUCCACUACAUCGACCAGAACGGCAAGGACCAGGGAAUCAACGUCCGAAACCGCGCAAAGGAACUUGCGGAACUUCUGGGCGAUGUCGAUCGGAUCCGGGCGGAGCGAAAGAAGGCCAGAGCCAACAAGGCCAAGUACACGGGGGUUGAAGGCGGCACCAUGGGAGGUUUAUCAGGGAGCAGCCGCUACGGCGGAUUUGGCAGCGAGUCGAGUGGCUACGGCGGUUCGUCUUCGGGUUACGGCGGGUACUCGGGUGGUGUAUACGGCGACGGUGGCGGGUUUGGGGGACAGUCCGACGACUGGAGGGAUUCUAGCACUAGCCGCGCGGACAAGUUCGAAGAGUACGACGAGUUCGACGAAGGAUCUACGCCGUCGAGUUCGUCCAGAGCGAAGCGACCCGAGCGUAGUGAGAGAAUUGGCGUCAAGAAGACCACUCCCGUCGAACCCCCAAAGAAAAAAGAGCCCGAGGUUGACCUCUUCUCUUUCGACGAUCCUGCUCCCGCGGCAACUACCUCCGCCGCCACUCCGUCGAAUAAUUCUUCUGGGCUAGCUGCUCUGUCGACGACUAACAACGAUGACGACGACUUCGAUGAUUUCCAAUCCGCAGCGCCUGCGCCCUCGGGCAAUAUCGGAAUCCCCCCACCCAUGGUAACAUCGAGCGCUCAAUCCACCGCCCAAUUCGCUGCUCCAAAGCCUUUAUCCGGGCCGCAGCAAGCUAACCUCAGCGACAUGAUGUCGUCAAUCUCACCUCCCGCAAGUACUACGACGACACCUGCGGCUAAUUACUCAUCUUUCAGCAUACCGACAACUACCGGCGUGUCUGCUCAAGCACCAAAGACGACAACUAGCUAUCAAGCGGCAGCUCCUAAUUAUUACCAGUCCGUUCAAGCUCACCCGACGGGAUCAUCAAUUUCUGCGGCAUCGUCCGCAACUGGCCUAUCUACGCCAUCUGGUCUAUCUGCGUUGAACAAGCCGGCCGCUCCUGUGACGGCUAAACCUAGCACCGGUAGUGAUCCUUUCGCAAAUCUCUGGGGCCAAGCCGGCAGUGGAUUGAAAAAGGCCAGCACGCCCACUGCAGGGCCGAAGAUGGGCCAGCUUGCCAAAGAAAAGACCAGCGCAUCGCUCUGGGGCGCACCCGCAGCAGGCACGCCAAAACCUGUAGGUGGUUUGCAAACAGGCAGUGGAUCAGGUAACGCGACGACCGGAAGCAGUGGCUUAGACGAUUUAUUAGGUUAAAGGACCGCCAUGGCCCAUGAAGAGGCCUUAGGUCACCCAAGCCAAGCUUACCUUGUAUGCCUGCGAAAGAUAGGGAACUGUAUAUCACGUUGACAAUAUUAGCAACUUAUAAUAUGUUGCUCAAAACUU